AUCCAACUGAGGUCAUACUGCUUGGAAAUGUUCAGCGGCUCCGUGUCGUUACAUUGAAAAGUGGCUUUUAUUGCGUUGCAGGGAGGGAAGACAGGUCUACAGCCGCGUGCGUUGGCACGAAACUGCGCCUUUUAUUGAUGAGCUGGAAGCGAAAAUGACUGAAGUCGACGAGUCCUGACCACUUAGUAGGAAUUAGCUUAAAAGCUAAAGUGUGUUCAGGACAGUUUUUGACAGUAUAUGUUGUUAGAGGAUAGUUCUUCAACUCGGGAUGAUCUGGAGUUCUAAUCGUGAGGAAUAAGCUGAGAUGGAAGAAAGUGAUGGGGAAGAUAUCAAAGAAACACCCGAGCUGCCCCUGGAGAUCAUAGUUUACAUCCUGAGUUUUCUUCACGCUUCAGACAGAAAGGAAGCUUCAUUGGUCUGCCGCAGCUGGUACAAUGCCAGCCAGGACUUUUGUUUUCAGAAAAAUGUCACCUUCAGCUUCCCGGCUUCAGCCUCAUCCUUGGAGCUGGUCAAGGGUCUGGGCAGAAAGUCACGCUGCAGCCUGAAAAUCAGCCAGCUCGACGGCUUCAGUGUUUCCAAGUCACUCCUUUUGGAGGUGGGUCUGUCUCUGGGCUCCAGGGUGGAGAGUUUGGCUCUGCCUGGUAGCAGUAUAACAGAGGCGUCUCUGCUGUCUCUUCUCCCUCGCCUGACCUCGCUUCGGAGGCUAGACCUCAGGGGCCUGGACAGCCUCUUCAUGUCUGGAGCGUUCCUGUCCAGGGAGGAGCACAGACAGCAGGUCCGGUCGGCUUUGUGUGGUCUGGAGGAGCUGGAUCUGUCUGACCUGCGCUACCUGUCCGACCUCACCUUCAGUCGGCUCAUUGGCUGCACCCCGAGCCUCCGCCGGCUCUCAUUGGCUGGCUGCCACAUCGCAUUCGAGUUUGACCCGUAUCGAGGGUGCCCGGUGGGAGUUGUGGAGGACUCCUCAGCGCUGCUGUCGCUUAGAAACUUGAGGAGGUUGCUAACGGAGCAGAAAUCCACCCUCAUAGCUCUAGACCUCAGCAGGACCUCCAUCACCCCUGAGUCGCUGCGAACUAUUGCACAGGUUCAGCAUUUGGUGUUAAAGGAGUUGUAUCUGCAGGGCUGCAAGGAGCUGACUGACUACUCGGUGGAGAUUCUGGUGAAGCACCAGCCGAGCCUCCUAAAGCUGGACAUCAGCGGCUGCACCGAGCUGACCAGCAGAUCUGUAGAGGCUGUAGCACGAGGCCUGAAGGCCCUUACGCACCUCUCUUUGUCUCGCGACUGGAGGAUCACUGAAAAAGGGCUCGCUGACCUGCUGUCGGUGUCCACACUGAGGUCUCUGGACCUGUCCGAGUGUCUGCACAUCAGUGGAACAGAGAUGGUGAAAGGCUUGAAGGGAUCAAGUGGUGCCAGGGCACAGCUGGAGACCCUCAACUUGAAGAGUUGCACCUACAUUAGGGAUCUUGCAGUUUUCUCACUCACGCAGCUUCUCGGGGAUUCUCUCCAAGAGUUGGAUCUGACGUCAUGCGUUAACGUCACCGACCUGUCUGUGUGCGCCAUCUCCACCUACCUACAAAAGCUGGUGGUUCUGCGGCUCGGUUGGUGUAAAGAAGUCACUGACUGGGGUCUGCUGGGGAUGGUGCAAACAACCCAAUGUGAGCCUGACGAUGAGAUGGGAGAUAAAGGUCCCAGGUUCACCCGGACUUUCGGCAACAUGGGCUUCUUCAAACCUCCUCGAAUGCCUUUUGAGGAACGAACAAAGCUGGUGACUCAGAAUGACCUGCAGCAGUUCAAACAACAGGCUGGAGCAUCACUUUUAGCCCUUAAAAGGCUGCAGGAGCUGGACCUCUCAGCCUGCUCCAAGCUCACGGAUAGCAGCAUCACUCAGGUGGUACAUUACCCAGACCUCCAUCAUCUGUCUCUCUCGAUGCUGCCGGAGAUCACGGACGCCAGCUUGGCUUCAGUAGGCUGGCACUGCCGCAGCCUCACCAGCCUGGCACUCAGCCACUGCCCGGGUAUCACAGACCGAGGAGUAGCGCAGGCUGUGCCGUACCUCCACCGACUGCAGCAUUUCUACCUCUCCGGUUGUAAUAACAUCACUGACAGGUCCUUGUUCCUUCUGAUGCGGCACUGCAAGCGUCUGAAAACAAUCGACAUCUCAAGGUCCAAAAACAUCUCUAUAACAACAGUGGACCUCCUCCAAUCCCAGCUGCCCUUUUUGGAAAACAUCCAUUAUAAAUUCAUAGGUGGGUGCGGCCUCCCCCUGACUGACUGACGGACGUCCUGGAUGGCUGCCGAAGCGUUUCCAGCUCUUAGAGCUGCGCUUCUGCUCAUUUCAGCACUUUGCACUAAGCAACACGAAGCACUGUUUUUAUUAAAUGAAGUCUGAGAGGAAAGGUUGAGACUGAAUAAGUAUUAAUGUUCAGUUUAUGUGGUGCAUCACCACCAAUGGGCGCACAUUUCACCAAAAGAAGGAAUUUAAAUCGUAUUUGUUAUAGUUAAAUGUUUGGAAGAAGCACGUUGGAGUCUCCACACAGCUAAAAGUUUAGCUUAAGAACUAAACAACAAAAAAAUGUGUUAUGUCCCUAACUAUUUAUUCCAUUCCAUGACCAAAUUUCCCUUUUUCCUUCAAUAGUUUUUAGACAAAAGAUGUUUCUGAGCUUCUUAAAAUUUCAAGUCAGACAUGAAGUCAAAUAAUGCUUCCUCCAUGUUAUAUUUAAGACAGAUUAAUACCUGAAAUGCACGGUGACUUGCUAAAUAUUCAAACUUUUUUAAAUGUCUUACUUUUAUAUCAGCUGUUAUCCUGCUUCCAUUUGCUGUGUUGGUUUUAAUUUUUAAAAAACUGCCAUCAUCAUCUGUAAACGUGUGGCUAUGAAAAACGAUGCAUCUUCCCAGUUAGCAGACAAAACGCCACGUUUGUCCCCAGCUGACAGUCGCUGCUGUUACUGGAAAUUAGGCUAACUCUAGGCUAAUUAAAUAAUAAUAUCCUCUCAUUUUGUAUUUACGAUGUUAAAUGUGAAACCGUGUAUGGACAAUGAUGGAGAGAUAAUUAGAGAUCAUAAUGAUAAACUACAAAAGAUGUGGAUUUUAUAAAUAAACCAAAGUUUGGCUUCUG